AUGGAUGAGGAUGCCACAACCCAGUUUCAGAACCAUCAGUAUAGUAGGGGAGACUAUAAGAAGUAUCCGAUACUAAUCGAGUCGGAUACAGAUGGUGGAAAUGCCUACGGCGGAGUCACAGGGGAGUACACCCCAGGGGUGGAUUAUGCUGCAUUGAAUAACCAGUUCAUGAACACAGAUUUCUCCCUGGGAUCAUCCUCUGAUUCUAAUUACCAGCCGACUGGAAGACCCUAUGUUCCAGAUUCUGUCAUGAGGACUACACAUCUCCCCUCAGCCAGCGCCAACCUUCAGGUCGUGGAGCACACUGCUCCCCUGCAGGCAGAGGUUGGACAGGAGUACCUGGACAACCUUACCUCGCGCGGCCGCAAGAACAAGGCUCCGGCCUCCGAGGCCGGCCCGAGCGAGGAUCCACGCGCCAAGCGCUCCAAGAAGGGUGACGGUGGCAAGAAGGGCACCGCCAAGCACUACCGGAAGCGAAUUCUGGUUGCCUCUGGGCCCGCGCUGAGCCUCACCCGGAGCGCACCGCGCAUGAGGCCGGAAGUUUCUAAGGACGCUCCCAGGGCCUCUCCUCCUCAUCAGGCAAGCCCGGUACCAUCUGGUGCCGAAGCUGAAGACACCGGCGCCAGCAACAUCGGCGCCGGUACUGACGAAGCAAAGCGGGUGGAACCUCUGGUGCCUCCCGUUCCCAAGAAGAAAAAGAAGAAGGCAAUUGCCUCCCCCUCCAAGACCGUACCGGAAACCUCUGCUCCGGCAGCUUCUCCCCCGGCCAAGGUAACGCCAGAAGCUCCUGCGCCGUCCGAGGAAGCAGCGUCAACUCCUCCGGCAGCUCAUAUCGGCAAACCAGCUCCUCCGGAAGGCGCCAAGCUCACCGCCCAGCAACUUGCUGCGGCGGUCACCGCGGCGGCCUCCCCCUCUUCUGGCUCGCAGGCAAUAGUACUGCAUGCCGGCCGCGCCGCCGUUGCAGCCGGUGAUAAGGCUUCAGCUCAGCUGGGCCGGAUCACCGAGCUCAACCGCGGCGAGGUUAACCUGGGGCAUUUGCUUGAAUACGCUGAGAAGUGGAAUCAAGCGGAUAUGUCUCCAGCGACCCGCGGCCUAGGGAUGGACAAGCUUCCGGUGGUCGACCCCUCCGACCCUCGGAGCACCACGCAGCACCUCAGCCGGCUGCGCCACGCUGGCACCUUGGACACCCGGAAGCAACUCUUUGAGGAGCUUCUGUGGGAGCACCGGUUCCUUGCCGAGGCUCACAGCAAAUGCCAAGCGUUUCCGGAAGCCUCCUUCGAGAGUCUCUCCGCCCAGCUCUCCACGCUCAAGGCUGAAAAGGAGCAGCUUGUCUCGGAGCACCGCAAAGCUCUGGAUGCCCAGGAGGUUAUCACUGCCGGGCUGAAGGACUAG